AUGGCCACAGCAGAUCAAGAGGGAUCUACGUCGUCGUAUAUCGACAUUGAUGCCCUCACCGCAGCCAACUUCUCGCCACACGAGCAUGCUGCAGCCCUGGUACAACGCACCAACAAUGCCUCAGACGCGAAUGUGGAUCUUAGCACAGCCUUGUCUCGAGUCUUGUUCGAUGUACAAGAAAUUGACUCUCACAUACACACGCUGACGUCACGGUCUGCCAUAGACAUUUUGGACUACACCAAGACGCAGAAUGAGGCUGCUCAAAGGAUCCUCACUCGCGUAGAAGACGAGAGACAGCGCUUGAAUGCCAGGUUUGCUCGCCUUGAGAAGGAAGUCGCGGAGCGGUACGAUAGAGCUGUGGAAGCUAAGAUCAGUGCGUCACGAAGUUGGGAGGUUCUUCGACUAGGACGGCUUGUGCAGAGAAUCGUCAAUGUAGCACGCCAGUUCGAGACGGCUCUGUCAGACUCGGGUCUUGGAAGCUCGAGGGCUGGCAAAGAGGAUCAUAGGGCGCUUCUGCGGGCAUGUACCAUACUUCUAUCCUUCAAGGAGCUAAUAGGCGGACCGGAUGGCGUCGACCUCAGCCGCAUCAAUUUGGUGCGAAGUCUUCGAGGACGAGUGUUCGAAGACGGUGAGGCGCGCCUACUAGACUACGCCAGGCGAACAGUCCGCGAAUUCUCCGUCAGCAGCCUCAUCGGCCCAUCGGCUGCCAGCACCACUUUCAAGGAUGCUGAAGACAAUCGUUCCCGUUUCACAAGCGCAGCGCAUAUGCUGUAUGUGCUCAGUCCAGCACCGAGAAUAGAUGGCAAGGCAAUGCGAAAAGCGGACUUCGAACCUGAAUACCUCCUCCGAGCAUUACAGAGCUAUCUACAGUCCGCGAUAACUUCGAGCUCGGCAGCGAUUGGCCGUGCGCUGGCUCAGCUUCCGACUUUAGAGAAGACGACUAUCGAGGUCAGCGCACGAUGUCAGAACAUUGUUGCUUUAGAGGCACUAUUGCAGAGUAUCCAGGCUCCGGAGCAUCCCUUGCUUCAGAAGGAGCUGGAGCAGAAAGAGCAGGCAGCUGAAGAUGAUGAUGAGGACCACCUCAGCUUCGAAGACGGACGAGAAGGAAGCGACAAUCUUCUGACGCCACUCCUGACCUCCUUAGACACAGCAUCUCUUCCAUCGUAUUUCUGGCGAUCGCUAGCAGCAUCUCUCGGGACACGAGUACAGGAAAUUCUGAACCGAGGAGGAAUCUCGGCGCGGACACUGCGAAGUCAAAGGGAUACUGUCAGGUCCGAGAUCCGGGAAUGCGUCUUGCGAGGAUCAAAGAUGCCGGCGAGCGUUCUUGGUGGGACGGGUAGCCAAGAGUCCAUCGUCGGGAAUUGGGAGCGCGAGGCUGCUGUCAUGGUGGGUGCUGUCAUGGGGCCCUUGGACGGUGAUGGACGAUACAGUCAGUGA